AUGAUUUCUUUGGCCCCCCAUGCCUUGGCUGCGGCCUCGGCUCCGCCCGGCCGGCCCUGCCGCACGCCGGGCGCCGCGCGGGGCGCCGCGCCGGGCCGCGCCCGGCGCCUGGCGGGGGCGGCGCCGUUGGCGCUGGCGGCGAAGCGGCGGAGCGCGAGGCGCUGCAGCGAGGAGAGCAAAGUGAUGCAGGCCGGGCAGACGAGCGGCGAGGUGGCGGAGGAAGCGGCGCGCGCGGCCGGGGCGUUGAUCGUCGAGCGUGUUGGGGCGGAGGUGCUGCGGAGCAAAGCCUUUGAGAGCGACCUGGUGACGGAGGUGGAUCAGUGCUGCGAGGAGGUGAUCCGGGAGAUCGUGCAGAAGCAUCUGCCCGGCCACGCCUUUCUUGGGGAGGAAAGUGCCGGCAGCAGUAUGGAGAGCCUGCUGAACACUGAAGGCUGGCUGUGGGUGGUGGACCCUUUGGAUGGCACCACCAACUUCGCCUCGGGGCAGCCCAUGUCGGCGGUGAGCAUCUGCGCGGCGCGCCACGGCCAGCCCAGGGCGGCGGCCAUCUACGAGCCCUUCCGCGACGAGCUCUUCACGGCACGCAGCACCCGGGGGGCCUUCCUCAACGGGGAGAUCAUUUGCGUCUCCGGCACCCCACGGCUGGCGGAGGCGGUGGUGGCCUCCGGGUGCGCGCCGGACCCCCGCAGCAGCGCCGCGUGCUUCCGCGCCAUGGCGCACCUGGCUCCCAAGACCAGGACGGUGCGGAUCCUGGGGUCCGCGGCCAUCAACUUCGCGUGGCUGGCCUGCGGGCGUCUGGACGGGUGGUUCGAGGUGGACCUCAACUGCUGGGACACGGCCGCGGGGGUCCUACUAGUGCAGGAGGCUGGCGGCAUUGUGACGGACUGCCUGGGGAACGAUUACACUCUGAAGACGCGGCCCGUCUGUGCCAGCAAUGGCCACAUCCAUUUCGACCUGUUGGAAGAGUUGGCAGAUGCCAACGUGACGGGGCUGGACCCCUAG